AUGGCCAAAGACAGCCUCGUGCUGUUUCAGCAGGCUGCACUGGACGCAGCAGCAGCACACGGCGAAGCAACAGAAGUCUCUGCUGCAGUUGCAGACGCCGACGCAAAGGAGCUCGAAAACUCUCUGCAGACUUUGGUUUGCCGUCACUUUGCAUUUGAGAAGAACCGCGUGCAGCAGCAGGCAGCAGCGCUGCGGCAGUGCAUGCGGAGCCUCGACGUGCUGCAGCAGCAGCAGCAGCAGCAAGGAGCUGCCGAGGGACUGGACGAGGCCGAGCUGGAGCUGCAGCAAGAGGAACAGCAGCAGCAGCUGCAUCUGCUGCACAGACAAUUUCUUAAAGGUCUGCAGCGGCUGGAUACGGCCUUUGCAGAGUCCCAGUCAUUCUUGCAGGUGCAUGCAGACACGCUGCAGGACGCGCUGCAGCAGCAGCAACUGAUGCUGCGGCACAAGCAGCAGCAGCACCAGAGCGAGGGGUCACCAGGCGCUGCUGCUGCUGCUGCUGCUGCAGCAGACGCCAUGCAGAAGCACGAGGCAGAGCAGGCAGCUCGCGCUGCGCUGCGGGAGAUUGCUGCGGUGUACUCGCAGGUGCAGCAGGAAGCUACCCCAUACCUUCACAAGCUCCAGGAUGAAAGGUCAUAUUCCCGGUCUGAGGGUGCUCCUGCUUUGACGGAACCAGCAAAACCAGCAGCAAACUGUGCACUCAGCAUUUCCUCAACAGAAGCAGAAGAGAAGCGGGAAGCAGGUGACCUUGGCCAUUCAUUUCCAGCGGCCACAGGGCCCGCGAGAGCAGCAACAGCAGGCAGCUUCGCUGCUGCACCCACUCCAUCAGCAGCAGCAGCAGCAGGAAAAGAGGGAGCCCUGCAGUUCUUCAAACUCGACGGUGACAGCGGCCCCCCAACGCCCGUGCUUGAGCCUGCUGCUGCGCCAGAAGACGCGCAGCAGCAGCCCGAAGCGCAGCAGGGUGCAGCAGCAGCAGCGGCAGCAGCAGCUGCGUCAGCUGUAAAAGGAGGCCUGCCAGAUCUAUUGUAG